GGGACAGAAAGAAAGAGAGACUACUCGAAUACGCCAGAGCCGCGCGAGAGAGCUUGAGUCUCGCGCCUCCGGCCGCCGACGAUGGAGGACAGCUACACGGUGCACCGGCGGCGCAAGGCCGCGGCUCGACGCCGCGAGAAGACACCCGAGCCUACACGCGCCGAUGCCGCAGUCGAGGGACUCGACGAGGACGAGGUCGACGGCAAAGCCGAGAGUCUCGAGACGAAGGAAGAUUUGCCAACCGAGGAACCGCCAACGCCAGCAACAGCAGUAGCAGAAGUAACACCAGCGACAACGCCAAAAAGUGAGAUGGACGAGGAAGAGGAGCGUCGUGCGAGGAUGGAACGGAUGGUUGAGGACACGGAGCGCAUGGAGAUGAUGGCCGAGGAAGAACAGCAGCGGCCGAGGUCCAGACCGAGACAGCUCGAAGCUGAGGAACAGCCCAAACAGGCCAGGGCCAGAUCACCUGCUGUCAACAGGCCGGAAGCCGAGGACAGUACUCGAGCACGUGCCGCUGCGUCACCACCGAGAAAACCCGAUACCAGCGAGGAAAUUCCGCCGACGAAGACAUCCAGGAGACCGCGAGAGUCUAGUGAAGGUACUGAGCUCAGGAGGAGGAUGGGCUCACCCGAAGCUGCCAAAACACGCGCCGCUAGACACCUGUCGCCAUCCACGACGGUGCCGGAAGAAGAGCAACAAGAGCUUCAACGAACCUCCAGCAAGAAACGCGUUAGCAGUCGUCAACGUCACCAGAAUCCCUCUGACGAAGAAGAGCCACCUCCACCACCACCGCCAACAGCCCACAGAUCUCGUAGAUCACCUUCGCAGCCGGUGAAGAAACAGAUCAUCCCACUUAGCGACGACAGUCUGAUAGAGGAUGUGGCCAGAGCCAAAAGGGCCUAUGCCCACCGUGAGCCUAGCGAUGACUACGAGUACGAGGACGAGGAGGAAGAUGAGGACGAGGAGUACAUAAGACCUAGACGCAAGAGGGAGACUACCGUGAGAAAGAGGAAGACCAGUGUCAUGCAUACCGAUCAAGAGAAAGAAGAGAUCAGGAAGAAUGUGAACCAAACGUCUUCCUGGUGGUCCUGGAUUCCAUUCUUCGGUAGGAGGCAGAAGGUGGAGGAAAUGAUUGAGGAAAGUGGGAAAGAGAAGAAGAAAAAGGGCAAGGAGAAGGUUGACGACGAACCGCCCCCAAAAGCAUCGAAAAGCAAACUGGAGAAGACUGCAUCAACAACUGCCGAACCAGAAAAGGCCACGAUCCGUGACUUCUUCCGCUCGAUCAGCGACAUCAACGGCGAGUUCAACGAGUUCUGUCGCCAGAAUCCUCGAGAGGUCCAGAUACUCUGCGAACUACGAAAUCUCUGCAUCGUCGAGACCGUCCUCACCAUCAUAGUAUGUGGACUAGGUGCCUUCGCUUUUCGCUUCACCGAAGGCGCUUUCGAGCAGUUCUACAAGUGUGGUGUCAAGCGAGUCAAGAGGGACUUUCUGGACAGUCUCUGGAACUUCAGUCACAACAUGAAGGAAGACGACUGGAAGAGCAUGGCCAGAAGGAAGCUCAUGGACUUUGAGGAACAGCUUCACGCCGCUCACGAGGCUGGUGUUCAGACCUACAGUGGACAGAAGAGUUGGACUUUUUUGAACUCGAUGGUCUACUGUCUGACUGUCAUCACCACCAUUGGUUACGGGCACAUCUCGCCGAGCACGACGACGGGCAGAGCGCUGACUAUAGUCUACGCGAUAUUCGGCAUUCCAAUGUUCCUCAUCGUCCUGGCUGACUUCGGCAAAUUAUUUACUAGAGGUAUAAAGUUUCUCUGGGCCUUUGUGCGCAGACUGUACUACACCGGAAGUUGCCGCAAAGUCAGGAGAACCGUUCAGAUGCAAGAGAUGAUGAAGGGCGUACAGAUGGUGUACGACCUGGCAACGUUUAGACGUCCUUCGCAGAUGACUCCAGAGGAACUGCAGGAGAUACAGCGUCAGCAGCAAACUGUCCUAAGCCUCGAUGGUAACACGCAAGUUCAACAACAACCUGAGUCACCGUCGACGCCAGCCAUGUCUACCUUUGAAAUAGAUGACGAAUUCAAUUUGCCGAUUUCCGUCGCUAUCACCAUACUGGUUGUUUACAUCUUCAUUGGAGCUACGGUCUUCAACAUCUUCGAAGACUGGACGUUUUUCGAGAGUUUCUACUUUGUCUUCAUAUCUAUGAGCACCAUCGGCUUUGGUGACUUCGUGCCAAUGGAACCUCUGUACAUGAUGCUGUCGAUAGUAUACUUGAUCUUCGGUCUUGCGCUGACGUCUAUGUGCAUCAACGUCGUUCAGGUGAUGCUGGCGGACCAGUUCAAACACGCGAGUCAGAAGAUCGGCGCGACGAUCGGUUUCCACGUCUCGGAAGAGGACGGUUCAUUGAAGCCUGGACCACCCGAACCUGUCGAAAUAGCCGAAGUUCACGGAGCAGUGGAAGAUACCAAGGAAAAAGUCGCGCCUAAAGCUAAACAGGAGGACGUCGACCUGUAGCCACCGGACGAGUCCAGCUAACGACAGACUUUACGUGAUUGUCCAUGAUAUACGUAAUGUUCUUUCAAGAGAAGAUGUAUACCAAAAUCAAAUGAGCCUUUGAGGCGAAACAGAGAUAAGAGAUGCAUGGAACACCGUCACCCAACGUCUUCAGAUAAAAUAUUGAUACCUCCAUUGGAGGAUCCACUGGGUCGGUUUCAUUUAACUUGUACUAACGGCGCAGAACAAUAACUCAUAAUCGAUAAUAAUUUUGGAGAGCUCAAGGUUUGGCGAUUACUGUUACGAUGUAAUAUAGGGUGUCUAUGCACGAUAUAUUUUUACAAACCGAUUGAGAAUACGAGUGCAGAAGCCAGAUUGCAGUGAAAGCUUUGAAUAAAAAGGAGAAAAAAUUGAGUGGAAAAAUAUUAGCUUCAUUGAUUUUAACGAACGAUGUAAAUAAAGAUGAGCAGAGGGGAUAUUUGAGAUUUGUAUAAACUAUAUUUUGAAUCGAUGAUGAUGAUGAUGAUGAUGAUUGUUUCUACUGAUACUUUAUCCAUUGACAUCAUCGGAUUUUUUUCAAAUUGUUUACCACGAACCAACGAAGAGGCUAUGUCGAAUAGUUAAAGAAAUUUUUUUUAGUUUACGAUGUACAUAGAAGAAUUUCGCGUGAGGUUUCGCUCUUAGUUCUUAGAUGCUAAUAUUGUUGUUUUAAGCUUACUUCGCUCGAUUACGUUCACCGACUCAUCGAAUUUUUAGAAUUUACGAUUGAAUUGCAUCCAUAUAUUAUACUUAAAUUCUUAAAAGGUUUCGUACUUAAUAGGCGUAUUUAUUUUAUAUAAAUUAUAAAUCUGCGAUGUAAAAAUGUAUAAAAAAGAAACUGUAAAGAAAGUCUAUAACGAGUAUCCGCGCAAAACUUGUUUUAAUAUUUAAAAUAAGGCAACUAAUUGUAUACGAUUCUUUUGCAAACUAAUAAUAUAAUGUACUAUUAAUUUGAAAAGCUCUUAUUAACCGCAUCGUGUAAGACUUGUUUAUAAAUUUUAUAUGAUAGAACUUAUAUUAUACAUCCUAAUAAAUUUUUCUCGAAAAACAUCAACCAAAGAAAGUUUUUUAAUACUUGAUAAAUAUAAUUACGUAUAGCGACUAUUUUUCCAAGCUCAGCCCACUGUUAUUUUCGGUUUCUUCAAUAACACAAUACACGGAUGCUUAAAGAGUAUGCAUAUAUGAUUCUUGAAAUCGCUGAUCAAGGCCUAGAAAAACGAAUGAGAAAGAGAGAGAGAGAGAGAGAGAGAGAGAGAGAAAGCGCAUAGGAUUCACCAGCAGCAAAUUUCGCCUCAGAAGCUGUAAUCAAUCGCAACUGAUGCUCUAAUUUUGGAACGCUCAAAAGGAGGAGCAGAUGCGGCUGUGUUUAUAGCCUCAUCUUCUUCUUCUUCGCUAAUCCUCUCCUCAUAUAUUUAUAACUAUGUAUCCUCGUCUCUCUUGUAUAUCUUCCCUCUAUAUCUUCAAAGAAGUUCUAUGUACAGCCAUAUAGUCGCCGCGAAAUAAAGAAAAGAGUCUAUUGUGAGAAAAGUAUAUGUUGGCGAGAGUUACUAAGGAACUUUGAUAAUUCGUGCCUUUUUCAAACAUGAAAGCUAAGUGGACAUAAUGGUCGCGUGAUGACGAUGAUUUCGAAUCGUGUGUCAUUAUAUACGUCGCGCAUAAAUUAUAUUGUGCAUGUGAUACAUAUACAUAAUGUUCACCUUCGACUGAGACGGUGUUGUGUAUAAGUAAUUGCGUUCGCAGUUUUGACUGUAAUUGGUGGUUUUGUUGGAUAAAUUGACGAUGGAAUAGACAAUUAGCUUAUCGUUCUGUAAUAUCUAAUAUGUACGAGGAAGUUUAGAAGUAAUAUUUAGUUUAUUCUUCUUUCUUUCUUUUUUUUCACCAAAAAAAAAAAAAUGUAUCCUAAAUCGAUAUAAGAAAAUUGAUAUUCAAAUGAUUGGUAUACAUAUAACGUAAUGAUUACAAGAGUAUAUCCUCGAAUUUUCUAGGUGAAUUUUUAUAAUCUUUUUGUAACAAAACAUAUCCCGCAUUAUAAAUAAACACUUUGAAAGAAUGAAAAUUUAUACAUAUGCAUCAGCGUGAAAACCGCCAAAUAAAGACAAAAUUGCUGUCACACAUAUAGUAUAAGAAGAAAAACAUUAUGUAUAAUUGAUAGUCUUAAGGGGUGUCCCGUUGGUCGGCCAGACAAACGAGGUGUCGUUUUCUUUCGGCACAAAAGAACAGAUUUAUCUCCGUACUUAUAUUAUAUAUACGUAUACAUCGAGAGCUGUAGCACGCAAUUUUGUUGUAUGCAUGAAGUUCAACAAUAAAAAUUAAAAAAAACAUAAAAGAGACGAUUCUUCGUAAAUUUUGCCAAACGAAGAGAGAAUUAUUAUAUUGUACAGCGAUCUAUGUACACACGAAGUGCAGUCACUUUUUUGCUAAGCACGUAUGAACAAAAUAAUUAAACAAACGGAACGCAGCAAGUUCAAGAGCUACAUAAAAGUCGCGUCGCGCUGGGAUGAGAGAAAUUGUAAAUUUAUUGUUAUAAUUAUGAACUACUGUAAUUAUAACCGUUAUUUAUUGUCCAUAAUUUUCUCGUCAAUAAAUGAUUAUUCUGAAA